GGGAAUUUGAUAGCGAAGGAGAGAGAUCGAAGCUGUGAUGAUGACAGGAGGUGCACUCAAGCUCGUCAAGCCAAAGAUCCAAUCUGCGGAUAUCCAAGCCGCCGCGGGAUGGGGUGUCGCCGCCGCAGCCGGCGCCAUCUGGGUCGUCCAACCAUUUGAUUGGAUAAAGAAGACGUUCAUUGAUAAACCCGCACCUGAAGACAAGUGAGUGAUCAAGAUUCAAGACAAAGUGAUCGUUUUUUUUUGUUUCUUCCAGUUUUCAAGUUCGUUAUUGCAUCUUUGCGAUGUAGCUGAAUAAAUUUUGGUUCUUUUCUGAAAAGAUUUGUUGCUAUUCAUGUCUUCAAUGUAGACUCACACUGUUUUCUCAAAUGUUAUAACACAAAAGAAAUACAUUCCAAAUCAUCAGGAAAGAGUAUC